AUGUGUGUAUCAGAAUGUAGAAACAAUAACUACAAUGCUUCAGAAUCUGGCAUUAAGCAUGGUUGUCCUUUCAAUUGUUUGUCACAGUUUCACUGCAUAGACCAGAGUGCAAUUGACUGCAUGCAUGAUGUAUUAAAAGGUGUUGUACCUUUAGAAAUAUGCCUGGUUUUGCAAUCACUGAUAGACAAAAAGCAUUUUCUGCUUGCAGAUAUCAACAAUGUAAUCAAUAAUUAUAAACAUUCAUUGGCUGACAAAAACAGCAAACUACCAGAAGUAAACUUUAAAAAUAUUCGCAUUCAAGCUGCUGAGUCAUGGCGUUUGAUAAGAAAUCUGCCUUUAAUGAUUGGAAACCUAAUUCCAGAAGGUGAUACUCAUUGGAGACUUCUACUAUUGUUACUUGAUUGCAUGGAUGCAAUAUUUGCACCAACUAUAACUGUUGGCCUCAUUCGUCAGCUGGAGUUUAAUUUGGAGGAACAUCAUGACCAAUUUAAAAACUUAUAUCCUGAGAAAAGACUUAUUCCAAAACAUCAUUUUAUGCAACAUUAUCCAGAAUUUAUGGCAAAGUAUGGACCUUUAAGCAGGUACUGGUGUAUGCGUUUUGAGGCAAAGCAUCGAUUUACUAAAGAACUUGCUUCUGUUGUUUGCAAUUUUAAAAACAUUUGCAAAACUAUUAUGCAUCGUAGUCAACUCAAACUAGCAAACACAUUGUUUAGUGGGUCUUUGUAUACAGACUAUGUACAAAUUGGCAUAUGUGAUACAGGAAUUGUAGGCAAUUUGCAAUCAGCAGUAUCAAAUAGUUUGCGCACAGUUUUAAACGUGGACAAUUGUGAUAAAAUAUAUGUUGCUCAUUCAGUAAAAUUUGGCUGA